UACUUAACACUGCUUUCAGCUAGUGUCGUUUCGUUUCUCGCUCGCCUUCUUUUUCCCCCCUACCAAGUAACCAAUCGCUAUUCCUUUUUCCUUCGCAAACCAGCAACACACACACCCGGCGCACGAUAGCGCCGUCGCUUUCGUUUCGCGGUUGGUAACCGUUUCUCUUUCCACCACCGUAUUUAUAUUUAUUUCGUUUCCAACGCCAACAAACUCUCUCCACAGAACGGAGGAUCCCUCGUCGUAUUGGAAAUUGGAAGGUCAAAUAUAGGCUAAUGUGGGUGGGGCAUUAUCGUGAAAAUUCAUCAAUGUACAAGCGCACUCCUUCAAGAGAUUAUUCAAACACGGAGGACGUGGAAGAAAACUUAGAUCUUUUAGGUAAUGACUUGGAUAAGGGAACCUCAAGUCCUUCAUGGAAGCUUUCUUUACCUCAUGUACUUGUGGCUACAAUUUCUUCAUUCCUUUUUGGCUACCAUCUAGGAGUUGUUAAUGAACCACUUGAGAGCAUUUCUGUGGAUCUUGGCUUCCAUGGAAAUACAUUGGCAGAAGGUUUGGUGGUGAGCAUAUGUCUUGGUGGUGCCUUGAUUGGAUGUUUACUGAGUGGCUGGAUUGCUGACGGGGUGGGGCGUCGUAGGGCUUUCCAGUUGUGUGCUCUGCCGAUGAUAAUUGGUGCUUCAAUGAGUGCGGCAACAAACAACUUGUUUGGAAUGCUUGUAGGAAGGUUAUUUGUUGGGACUGGCUUGGGCCUGGGCCCUCCUGUUGCCUCUCUGUAUGUGACAGAGGUUUCUCCUGCUUUUGUGCGGGGCACGUAUGGAGCCUUCAUCCAGAUUGCAACAUGCCUUGGUCUAAUGGGAUCUUUAUUUAUUGGAAUCCCUGUUAAAGAAAUAUCUGGAUGGUGGCGGGUUUGUUUUUGGGUAUCUACAAUUCCAGCUGCUAUACUUGCCACUGCUAUGGUCUUCUGUGCAGAGAGUCCGCAUUGGUUAUACAAGCAAGGAAGAACUGCUGAAGCAGAAGCUGAGUUUGAAAGACUUCUGGGUGUAUCAGAAGCAAAAUUUGCAAUGUCGGAAUUAUCUAAGGUAGAUAGAGGAGACGAUACUGAUACUGUGAAGCUGUCGGAAUUGCUUCAUGGUCGCCAUUCUAAAGUUGUUUUUAUUGGAUCAACCCUAUUUGCUUUACAACAGCUAUCUGGUAUAAAUGCUGUGUUUUAUUUCUCUUCCACUGUUUUUAAAAGUGCUGGAGUGCCAUCAGACAUCGCAAAUGUCUGCAUAGGAAUUGUUAAUUUGGCAGGAUCUAUCAUUUCGAUGGGUUUGAUGGAUAAGCUUGGAAGAAAGGUUCUACUUUUCUGGAGUUUCUUUGGCAUGGCAAUAUCAAUGAUCCUUCAAGCCACAGGAGGAAGUUCACUUGUAUCAAACCUGGGAGCCAAGUACUUUUCUGUUGGUGGCAUGUUACUGUUUGUCUUGACAUUUGCUCUCGGGGCUGGCCCUGUUCCAGGUCUCCUUCUACCAGAAAUCUUUCCUGGCCGAAUAAGAGCCAAAGCCAUGGCAGUCUGUAUGUCAGUGCAUUGGGUGAUAAAUUUCUUUGUUGGACUAUUGUUCUUGCGUUUGCUGGAGAAACUUGGUCCACAGCUGCUUUACUCUAUGUUUGCUACCUUUUGCAUCAUGGCAGUAAUUUUUGUAAAAAGAAAUGUGGUGGAAACCAAAGGGAAGUCACUUCAUGAAAUUGAGAUCGCGCUUCUUCCCCAAGACUAAAGCUUAUGAAGCUCCAUUCAUUGCUCUAAUUUUGCAAUCAUAGUUUCAGCUUGAGCGGAUGGUGUUUCAUCUAAUUGGGUUCACCUUAACACUACAAGGGGAAGCUCAAGGCAGGAACUAAUGCGUUGUUUUGCUGCAGCUUUGGUACGAACUACGAUGAGGUUUAGGUAUUAUGGCUAGUGGUGUAGUAGGUACUAUUAGCGGCUUACGACACCAUUCCGUUGUCCAUAUUAUGUACGUGUCUGUGUAAUAUGUUACAAUAUUUUUAAUCGCUUGAAUUUUGUCCCAUUUUAGAUACCAAGUAGUCUUGCAUGUCAAAUUAUGUCGCAGAGUAUAUCGAGGAAAGUGGUUGGAAGCUUCGUGAGCUUAAUAGAUACUUAUGAAUUAUGAUCCAUAAUUCACCUUAUGAGAUUGAUUUAUAUUUAUGUUAA